CAGUGACGUCAGGGGCGCGCCGCGCCGAGUUUCGUGCGGGUUCCGCGGGAGGGAGUCGUGCCCCUUCGCGCUCAUGGUGCGCUGCGGUUGCGCGUUGUUGAGAAAGUAUGGAAAUUUCAUCGAUAACCUAAGAAUCUUUGCCAAGGGAGGAAGUGGUGGAAUGGGCUACCCUCGGUUAGGUGGAGAAGGUGGAAGAGGUGGUGACGUCUGGGUUGUAGCCCAUAAAAAUAUGACUUUAAAACAACUUAAAAACAAAUAUCCUCAGAAACGGUUUGUGGCUGGAGGAGGAGCGAACAGUCGAGUUAGUGCAUUGAAGGGCCCCAAAGGAAAAGACUAUGAAAUCCCUGUACCUGUGGGUAUUUCAGUAACUGAUGAAAAUGGUAAAGUUAUAGGAGAACUCAAUAAAGAAGAAGAUAGAAUUCUGGUUGCUAAAGGUGGCCUUGGUGGUAAAUUACAUACAAAUUUCUUACCUUUGAAAGGCCAGAAGCGAAUAAUUCACCUUGACCUAAAAGUUAUAGCUGAUGUAGGCUUAGUAGGAUUCCCAAAUGCUGGAAAAUCCUCUUUACUAAGUCGGGUUUCCCAUGCAAAGCCUGUGAUUGCAGAUUAUGCAUUUACAACACUAAAGCCUGAACUUGGAAAGAUUAUGUACAAUGAUUUCAAACAGAUUUCAGUAGCUGAUCUCCCAGGUUUGAUAGAAGGAGCACAUAUGAACAAAGGAAUGGGCCACAAAUUCCUCAAGCAUUUAGAGAGAACCAGACAACUGCUUUUUGUUGUUGAUAUUUCUGGAUUUCAGCUUUCUUCUGUAACUCCAUACAGAACUGCCUUUGAAACUAUAAUACUUCUUACAAAAGAGUUGGAGUUGUACAAAGAGGAACUGCAGACAAAACCUGCACUCUUGGCAAUUAAUAAGAUGGACUUGCCCGACGCCCAGGUUAAACUGGACGAACUGAUGGAGCAGCUCCAGAACCCUGCAGGUUUCCUGCAUUUAUUUGAAAAAAACAUGCUUCCAGAGAAGGCUGUGGAGUUCCAACAUAUCAUCCCCAUCUCAGCAGUUACUGGGGAAGGGAUUGAAGAGUUGAAGAGCUGUAUAAGAAAGUCACUGGACGAGCAGGACAGCAAAGACAGCGAUGCAUUUCAUAGGAGACAGUUGCUUAAUUUGCAGAUUUCCAGUGCAGCAUCCUAGAGUGAGCCACACCAAAGUGUGCUGUUUCUCUUUCCAAAAAGGACAGCGUUAAAAUCUAGUGUAAUGUAGUGCUGGAAUACCAUUGGGUUCUAACGAAGAAGGAGAUCAUGUUAUUUAAGACUCAGAUGAGCCUGGAAUGCAUUAUGUUCAAAGAAGCUGGCAGGCCCAGCAAGACAAAUAUCACGUAAUCUCACAUGUGGAAUCUUUAAAAAACAAAUUGAACAGGUAGGAAUCUUGAAAAGUCAUGACUAUUAAGGAGCAGGAAAUAGAAGGUUAAGAGAUGUUGCUCAAAAGAUACAAAGUUUCAGCUACGCUUUGCAGAUCUGUUGUGUAGCUGGUGGUUUAUAGUUAGAACAAUGUAUCAUAUUUUGAAAAUUUAUAAGAAAAUAGGUUUUAACUGUUCUGACCACAAAGAAAAUCUGAGAAAAUUUAUUUUAAAUUAGCUUGAUUCUGUAAUUCAAAACAUGCUUUGUAUGAUAAAGAUGCAUGUAUAGUUUUUAUGUGUCAAGUAAAAAUGAUAUUGCAGUUACAUUAAUUUAAAAUUUUUUCCAUGGUUUUUUUUUGGUUUUUCAAGACGGGGUUUCUCCGUGUAGCUUUGCAGCUUUCCUGGAUCUCGCUCUGUAGACCAGGCUGGCCUUGAACUCACAAAGAUCUGCCUGCCUCUGCUUCCCGAGUGCUGGGAUUAAAGGCGUGUGCCACCACCGCCCAGCCCAUUUUUUUUUUUUUUUUUAAUGGUUUUUCGAGACAGGGUUUCUCUGUAUAGCUUUGCGCCUUUCCUGGAACUCGCUUUGGAGACCAGGCUGGCCUCGAACUCACAGAGAUCCGCCUGGCUCUGCCUCCCGAGUGCUGGGAUUAAAGGCGUGCGCCACCACCGCCCGGCUCCAGCCCAUGUUUUUAAGAUAGUCUUUAUGAGUAGUUUCCUGAUAUAUGUGCCAUCACUCAGGAAGAGAAAUUUUCCUCUUCCUCCUCUGGUGUUAGCUCAGCAAAGCAAUUUCUUUUUGCAAAAAACAUCCACAAGACCGAAACUGGGCUAGCAUGCACACUGAGACCAACACGGCUCCUAUAUUUUAUCCCUGUUGUGGGUGAUGACUGGGUCUCAUCCCAUUGGUGGGAACUCAACCUCAUGGUCUGACUAAUGGCUAUUCGGGUCAAAGGGGACAGUUCAGGAAAUAGGAGACCUCACUGACUAAAUUACUUAGAUUUUAAAGUUUCUCACAACUACCCCCUCUUUAUUACAUUAUUUUUCAAAUUAGGUAGCAUAUGUUCGCCAUUUGAGUUUCUAGGAAGAGUAAAUGAUUCAUGUAAUUGAUGGGUAAGCCUACCUUCCAGGAAGAUGCAUUUUCUUAAUUCCUACUUAAAGUAUUUAAACAAUACUUACAAGUAGAGAUUUUUCCUUUAGGUGAAAUUUGUUAUAAAAUGUAAACAUUCACUUUAAAAAAAUUGUAAAAAAAAAAAAUUCAAGCAGUAUACAGGAGUAUGAGGCAAAGACAUUUCUGUUUGCUAAGACACUUCAGUCUUUCCCAGAGGAAGCACUGGAAUUAGCUUAUGUUUUUAUGGAAAUUUUUGCUCUUUUUCUUUCUUUUUACAAAGUAGCAGACAGUUAAUGAGCUUUAAAAUAUUCCUGGGCCAAGCAUGAUGGUCCAUGGUAGUGCGGGCCUUUAGCCAUUUUGUGUUGAAGACCUCCUGGGCAACUUAGCAAGUUCUAGGCUAGUCUGGACUUCAUAGUGGGACCAUGUCUCAAAAAUGUUGUUCUUUCAUAAUACGUUUAAUUUUAUUAUUUUGUGUGUACUGGUGCUUGCCUGCAGCCAAGUCUGUGUGCCAUAUGAGUGUAGUGCCUGUAGAGUCCAGAAGAGGGUGUUGAAUACCCUGGAACUGGUAUUACCUACAGUUGUGAGCCAUCUUGUGGGUGUUGGAAAUCAGACCCAGGUGCUCUGCAAGAGGAGCCAGUGCUGAGCCACCUCUCCAGCCCCUUUCUUUAAUAAUGUAUUUUAUUUGUUAAAAAUUGAUAAUUUAGUGUGUAGCUUAGUAACAAUUGUGAUAAUUGACCCCUUCUAAGAAAUAGUGUUGUUUUUUUAAUAGUAUAUUGACUGGACUUAAAUUUUUUCUGACUUUAAUAAUGUGGGUACUUUUAUAAAUAUUAUUUCAAUUUGAUUCUAGUUUCUGUUCCCUAUGCUUACUUCUCAUUCUAGUGCCUGGACUAGUCCUUGUGUCCCUUUUUCUUCAUUACACGAGUAUCUCUUGAGUCCUGUGCAGGGUGCUGCAUGUGCAGGGCUACAGAGAACAAACAGGCCCUGCUUGUACUGCACAGCAGAAGCUGCAGGGAGCUGGCAUGGCCUGCUUCACAGCACAGAAGUCAGGCUGAGGAGUUUACCCUGGUGAGCUUACAUGAUCGCGGCUGAGUUUGUUUCCAUCUAGCCCAUCAGUGCCCUUCAGCUGUUUUCUGACUGACAGGUAGGGUCGAGGACAGCUUCGUGGGGUGAAGUCAAGAGUCUGUGGUUGAUCUGAUUUUGUCCUUUGUGAGGGAUGUAUAUUAUAUUUUUGAUUUCUUAUUAUUUUCUGAUUAGAACUUGGCAGGUAGGGAGCAUAUCAACCAGUGGUUUCAUUUUCAUCUUCCCAUGGGUGUUGUUAACUAGUUGAAGGAGAAUAGAAAGCAGGCUAUGGAAAUGGAAAAGGGCAUAGAAGAAAGAUAAUUUUAAAUAUUGGAAAUUCCCUGUGGAUAACUUAGGAGAAACAAGUAAGGUCAUUUCAUUACCUCUGUUGGCUAUGAUCAGUAUGAAAAGGAGGGGUAAUUUAGGUACUAUUUCUGACCAUACCCACCCACUCAUUUGGGGCAAAUUAUAAUUUUUAAAUGUUUUCACCAUGUGACAGUUUAUUAAUUAGUAGUUACCAGAUACUUGGAAGACUGUAGAGGAAGUUAUCCUCUUUGUACACAUCAUUAAAGUAUCUUAAGUAGAAACUAAGACUGGGAUGCCCAGAUACAAGCUAUGUGAAGCAUAGCUGCUGUCUGAAUCAUGACCUUUGAAAUACUUGGAAUUUGAAGAACAGGAUAUGUGGUUUAUAUUGUAACUAAUUUUGAAGCAAUAUGUGACAAAGUAUUUUUUCCCAUUUGUUUUUUAAACUCUGAGUGUGUUCAAAGUUGAAAGCAAAGGACAAAAGCUUCCUUUGUUCAGGACCUCAUAUACCAAUGUGUCUUUUUGAAAUUGCCAGUGUUUUCUAACUUUAUUUUUUUAUUGGUUAUCAAACAUAAUUUUGAUAUUAUUUCUAUAUAAAGUCUUGAAAAGACUGGUAUAAUUUUAUUAUAUUAAGCAAAACCACAUAAUUAUACAGCUAAAAUGUACAUUUAUUUCUAUUUGUAUAUGGUUUGCUACAAAUUACAGGAUAUGGAGACUGUUUGAAAUCAAGGACAGAUGUUGAGUCAAAGCUCUUACUAAAAGGAUUUGAAACAUGAUUAAAUAAAAUAACUAAAGCCCCUAGUCAGCUGCAUUGUAAGGGGGGAAACAAGAGUACUAUAUAAUAAUUGAACCUCAGUUUCAAAACAAAUCUUUCCCGGAAGUGGUACCAUUUGGCAUCAAGAACAAUAGUAAGAACUGUAUGAUUAAUAUAGAUGGAUUUUUCUAUAAAACUAGACCACAAAAGCUAAUCUGUUUCAAAGAACCAUUCAUGUUAUAAUUCCAAAUUUGUAAUGUAUUCCUUCAAAAGUUUAAGGCAAAAGUCUUUUAAAAACUGGGGCAGGAGGUAAUAGUGGUAGUCGUCAUGGUUACACUGAAAGGUUUAAAAACUGGAAAACAGGUACAGGCAGAUCCUUCAUUGCCUCACGUCUAGACACUUUCCUCUGUAUCAUCCCGUCCUUCCUCUCCUCAGGUGUCUUCAUUACAGAGUAGAAGUGUGCUGCAGGAUGGUAGCGUAUCUCUGUAACCCCAGCCACUUGGCAGGAAGGAUAAGACAAGGCCAGCCUGGGCUACAUAGAAUCCUGACUGAAAAAUGAAUGAAUGCAGUUGUGCUUUGCUUUUUAAGGCUGGGGAUAUCAGUCAGUGGCAGAGUGCUUAGCAUGCGUGAGGCCAUAGGUUCAAUCCCCGAUACCGUACCUACAUAAAAUGAAAUGUGCUGCCAUACUUCCUAUUAUGGACUAUACUAUGGAUUCUUAACAGUUUUUGAACAUGCAUCAAAAGAAACUUUUCUCUUUUCCUGUGCUGUGUUUUGUUUUGUUUUAGAUUGACACUCUACACUGCUCAGGGAGGCUUUUGAAUUCCUGGGCUAAAAUGAUCCUCCUUCCUCAGACAAGUAGCUAUAGGCAUGUGCCACCACACUUAGGUGCUUUAGAGCUGUAAAGUGUUGUCUGUUUAACUUACUCAGAACUGUCUUCCCUUGCUUUCUUUGUUCAGUAAAGGAGGAAACAAGA